AUUUGUUGUAUUGUCCCCUUGUUCCAUCAAUAUGUACAUUACCAACUGGGAUGAUUUCCAAAAAGCAGCUGAAGAUAUUUAUGCUUCCUCACCAGAUACCACACGUUACGUUCAUACCUUUCACGGUGCUGCUGGCGAACUUGUCCUGAAGGUGACCAAUGACCAAACGGUUGUCAAGUACAAAACUAAUCAAGCAACCGAUCUCAAAAAAUUCAUCAAACUCAACCUCUCUCUCAUGGAGCAAAUGCAAAACAAACCAGUGAAUGUAUAACUUUUGAUCUCUCCAACUAGAAUAACUUACAUAACAUUAUACUUGUACAGAUUUUUAUAUGAUUUACCCUGUAGUUAUUUUUUUUUUUUUUACUCUUCUCACCUCAUAUUUCUCGGUUAAUAAACAUGAUUACAUUAUUCGAUU